AUGGCGGCGCUGAAGCUGUUUGAAUGCAAGCUUGAUAAUGUGGCAAGCACGGGCCCUGAGCAGCCACACCGUCUCUACACGUUCGGCGGCUGUAUCUAUGAGCUUUCCAGCCUGCAGGAGGGCAGCACAAGUAAGGGCGCAGGUGAGCCGCCCUCGCAGCCACCCGUGAGUCGCUCUACCACGACGCCGACGACUGGAGCGGCAGGGCUCAGGAGUAGCAGUGGCAGCGGCAUGGAGGGCGGCACCCAUACGCGCGUACCACGUGCGGAGGCCGGCAUCGCUUUAUCCUGCGCUGAAGACGGAACGCGUCUGCCCGCAGACACUUCCUGCCCGUCCAUCAUCAUACGGUUUGUGUGCCCGAUCCCGUAUGCCCAACUAAACCGGUACAACAACCUUGACCACGCACUGAGCACAGCGUUGCGUCAGGUGGCACCUCACUGCACAUACGGCUUGCCUUCUGCCUGCCCCGCUGAGGCGGCAUCCGCAGCGGCAGCGUCGCUCUCCUCCAUCGCUCUAUGCAUUCCAUCCGAGGUGACGCCUCAAGAGAGAUGCGCAGCGGCAACGUUCGCCGCCGAUCUGAGCCUGCACGCUCUUCGGCCGGUCCUCGAGGGACUUCUCCAGCGCAGCGGCGCUACCAUGCAGCAGGAGUGUUUGCUACUGCUGCCUCGCACCGGGACCACGACGAACACGGCCGCUUCGCAGCCGGUGAUCGACUCAGCCUCCAUCUUCUCUGCAGCAGCCCUCUUCAUCACGGCUACGCCGACGCCUGCCGCACCGGUGUCGCCCGGCACAAGCUCGUCGGCCAAGACGGCGUCGGCAUGCUUCUAUAGCGGCACCCUCUCCAUCACCGUUUGCGUUGGCACCGACGACAAGGGCGAUGCUGCACUCAUACGGCGCUACCUGGACGCCUUCGCCGACGUGAAGAGGGCACCGGUGCUGCUGCUCGUUCGAGAAUCGGCAGAGCCGCCGCCAGGGGUUGCCGCUGAGGCUGGCUCGGCGAUGAAAGUCGAGCACGUGUACGUGUGGUGGUGCACCUUUCUUCUCGCCCCGCAUCAGAUUACCUCUGUAGCAUCUGUGGAGCGGGUGCUGCGCUGGGCGCGUGAACUGCGGCCGACGGCUCUCUUUCACGUGCACCAGGAACGGAUGGCGAUGCAUGCGCUGCUGCGUCAACAACUGAACAGGUAUGCUGCUCACUUUGACUGA